AUGGAUUUAUAUAGUCAAAUUCAGGAUCUCUUGGAAUUCUCGAGUAAUGUAACUUUAUUACUAAGAGAGCAAUCGGAUAAACUCAUCUGCGAAAGGAAUUUGGUAAAGAAUGAAGAGGAGGAGGACUUGGAAAACCUAUCCUAUGACAUCGCUUUGGCAUCGAAGUCUUUACGUGUGUUGGAGUUGCGCCGAGAAAUUAGCUCAACCAGAACGGAGUUGUUGGAUGUGAAAGAUCUGGUCAACAAUUAUGGAGAGGAGAAUCUUUCCAACGAUUGGAUUGAUUAUGCUCAAGACGCAAUGGAACAUUUGUCUCUCCUUUUGAAGAAAGGAAUCGAAUUGUCAUCGAAUGAUUUCGCAAAAGCCAAGCAUGUCAAACCGGAAUGUCAUGACGAAUGCGAAUAUGAAUACUGUGAAAGAGCGGCAUCUCCCAAGGACUUUGUGUAUUAUAGCAAUCGACUCUAUAGGGAUGAUUCCUCUUCGGAAUCUUCAACAAAUAGUAGGCCUGCUAGUAUCGUGAUUCCUUCUGUGGAUGCGGAUACCGCUGCCCAAGACCUUCGAACAAGAUCAAAUUUAACUCGACGUCACACUAUGGAUAAUGAAGACGUAUCCGCCGCUCGCUUUUUUGUCGGUCAUCUCGGGUUUAAAAAGACUCCGUCCAAAGCUUCAACAACUACUUUCAUCUCGCAGGAGCAAACUAGCGCCGAGUCGUUGAUUAAUUCUGGAAAUUGGCCGUUAUCAGUUGAACAAAAUGAUGAUGAUGAUAGCCUCUCUUCUCCUGCGGCACGACAGCUUUCACAGUUGAUGGUUCAAGAGUCGACAGAAGAGUUUGUUGAUGCAGUUGAGAAGCAGGAUGACAGUCGUUCCCGCAACAGUCUUAGAAAAUCGAUUUCGAACGAUCCAAAUAUUCUUAGUCGGACUUCGGUGGAAAGAUUAAAUUUUUCGUCUUUACCAGCUACUCUCGACUCCGUGCCAGAAGAUGAGUCUCUAUCACAGUGGGAUGAUUACGAAGAUUCGGGCGUAGAAAGAUUAUCAUCGCCCUCUUUUCCAGCAACCUCAGCAUUUCAAAUUAGCCUUCAUCGUUCCAAGCCAAAUUUGUUUGCCGAAGAGGUUAACGUCGACAAUCCGGUUCGAGUGGGAACGGGAUAUGGCUCAUAUAUUGCAUAUACGUGUACGAUCAGGGGUCAAGAGGGCGCAAACAUUGUGACGAGAAAACGAUACUCGGAUUUUAUUAGAUUAAGAUCCCAGUUGAUCAAAGCACAUCCAAAGUACAAAAAGUUGAUACCAUGCUUGCCACCGAAACGAGUCGUAGGGAAAUUCUUACCAGAAUUUAUCGAACGAAGACGUAAAGACUUGGAAUAUUUUUUAUCAUACAUUCUACUUCACCCAGUACUUGGUUCGAACAUGGUG